UCCUCAACCUCGCUUCACUGAAGAUAUCCUGUGCUGGCUCAUCGUGAUACUGCGGCGUUUCAGCCUCCCGAGACGAGCCUACUCCGCCGAUUGGCCAAGACCUUACUUGCUUUCGAGUUGUUAACACGCCCUUCCACCGUACGACUUCACGGACAUCUCAACCAUGAUCACCAGGAAGGUGAAACCACUGUCGGCGAACGUGCUUUGGAGUACUCUCCAUAACCGCAGCAGCGUUGCAUACUUGCACAACAACAUACAACGCAGACACUACUCCUCAGGCAAGCGAAACGUCCACGUUUCGACAGCAGCAGCAACCACAGCAGCAGCCCAACAUGAGACCAACCCAUACCCCCAAACCGCAACCACCGCGCGCAGCCACGCCGCCGCGACCACAAAGAAAUCAAGCCGGCCACUGUCCCGGCUGCCGAUGGGGAUGCUCCUCCGCUCGCUGCUGAUAGCGACGGUCUCGUCGCACAGGUUCCUGCUCCUCCCGUCGCUCAGCAUCCUGCAGUUCCUCACCCAGCGCUCGCACUCGUCCAGGCUGCUCAGUGUCGACAAGAACCCCGUCAUCCACGGGAUCCUCAAGGCGACAUUCUACAACCAGUUCUGCGCGGGCGAGACGGGCCAGGAGACCCGGCAGACCGUGCGGAACCUCAAGGACCUGGGGUUCCGAGGGGUGAUCCUGACGUACGCCCGCGAGACCAUGUUUGAUCACCGGACGCAGGCGCAGCUCGCGCACUUUGACUCUGCGUCGUCCUCGUCGUCAUCGUCGUCAGCAGAUGCGGCGGCCGCCGCGCACGAUGCCGAUAUCGAGGACUGGAGAAGGGGCACGAUGGAGACGGCCGCGCUGGUCGAGGACGGGGACUUUUUGGCCGUAAAGUAAGUAACGCAUCCGCAUCGCAUGCCUCAUCGCGCAGAUGUCAUCCGGUUGUUUUGCCAUUUCCCCGCGAACACGGAGGCGGAUUUCCCUCCCUCUUUCUUG